GAUAUUAAAAUUAUUAAUAAAAAUUCACGAAAAAUGUCUCGUGAUAACUCAAGAAGAAAUGAUAAAAAUUUACCUUUCAAAAAGAAAAGCACAAAAGGAAAGCGUACUAAAGGUGGCAUAGCAAUUGAUAAUGCCUUUGAAAUUCCUAUAAAUGGUCGUUGUUAUAUAAAUGAGAUUCCUACAGAAAUACUUACUCACAUUUUUUCUCAACUUGAACCAACCGAAUUGAAUGCUGCGGCUCAAAUAUGUAAACAUUGGCGAUGGAUAAUUACUGAUGAUUCAUGUUGGAAGAGUGCAUUAAUUCAGUUUUUCGGAUCCAUCCCGUUUAGGCGAUUAGCUAGUGAUAGUUGGAAAAAUGAAUAUAUGACUCGUACAAAAUUACUUAGAAUAUGGGAAAGAGGACGAGGAUUAACUCUAAGUUUUGAUCCAAGAGUUGGUAUAAUUCAUAACCUUUACGUUGAUUUUGUUAAUUCUUGGAUGUUGGCUGGUUCUUUAGACAAAGGCAUGGUCUCGAGAUGUGAUCCUAGUACCGGAAGGAUUAGCAAGGAUUUUAUAUUUUCGACGCGGGAGAAUGUUAGUCAUAGUAUUUCGGCUAUGUUAGUAGACAGGCAUAGGAUUCUUUGGGGUUAUAAAUCAGGCGCAAUUGGACUUACUAUCUUGAAUAAACAAGGUUCAAACCGAUUUUUCAAACAAUUUCUUGAUUUCCAUGCAGGACCUGUUUCAGUUCUUGCUUGGUCAAACCAAUUUACGAAUACUAUUGUGAGUGGUGGAGAAGACGGUUUAGUUAUUCUUUGGGAUGUUAAUUCCGGAAGAUGCAUUAAAAGUCUUCGUACAGAUGAAACACUCGGUAAUGAUACAAUAAUCACCACUUUGGCUUGGAGUGUGAAAAAAUACAUAAUAGCAGGAACAACAGAUGGCACUGUUUAUAUUUGGUCAAUUGAUUCCACACUCAUAUCAUCAUCACCCGAUAAUUAUGAAGAUAUAUCACCUACUAAAAUUACUGGCACAAGUGGAGUUACUUCAUUGCAUUACGUUGAAUCUUCAAAUGCUUUGAUCAUCGCGUAUGAAAAAUCUUCAGAAUUGAAAAAAUUCGAUUUGGAAACGAUGGAAUGUAUUUGUGUGUUCACAAAUGGCCAUUCGGGUAAUGUUACACGUACUAUCAUUGACAUACAAGAAAAUAGUGAAACCUCAAAUGAAAAUGGAAUCAAACCACUGAAUAUUUUAGCAAGUGGAGAUACUUUAGGUGUUGUUUGCUUAUGGGAUGCUAAUGGCUGUGGUAUAGACAAAAUCCAAAAGCCCUUUAGAACAAUUGAAGGACAUCUAUCAUCUGUUACUGCUAUCCAUAUUGACACCUUUAAGAUGAUAGUUGGAAGUUUGGAUGGAGCUGUAACCGUUUUUGAUCCAUUGACUUCGAAAGUAAUUUGUAUAUUGUGUCAUAGCUCACAGAGAUCACGAAGAACAGCUAAUCGGGCCACCCAAACACAGGAAAAUACUUCAGCCGUUAAUUGUAUUUAUUCAAAAGACUACCGAACUGUGUUAAAUAUAGGAGGACAAAUAAAAACUUGGGAUUUUACACCCGGUAGUGCUAUUACAGGAAAUAAAGUUAAACAGUCAAAGAAAAAGAACACUUCAUCAACACCUAAAUAUAUGAAACGUCUAGAAAUACAAAACGAUGUAAGAGAGUCAACACAAAUGUUUGAAAUAGAAGAACGAGAACGUGAAGAGCAUCUUGCAAAAAUGCAAAAGUAUACACCAAUUCCUGGAUUAACAAAUGAUGAAAUGUUAGCAUAUGCUUUAAUGGUAUCUAAAGAAGAACAUCAGACUGAAGAUGAUCAAAUUGCUGAAGCUAUAAAAAGAUCACUGGAAAUUCAAGAGAACUUGAAUGAUAAAAACAAUUUAUAACUUUUUUUGGUGGUUUAACUUCUAGAUGUAUUUCAUUAAUACGAAAUCAUCUACAUAAAAAAUAUCAUGAGGAUCGACGAAGCAAAAUUUCAAAUAGACAAGUUACUAAAAGAUAACUAUUUAUUUUAUUUUAUUUAUUGUAUUUAAUAUUAUGCCAACUG